AUGGCAUUCUGUGGUCACGAUGAAUCGGAAGAGUCUGCAAAUCAAUGCAAUUUUCUUCAGCUCCUACGUUUUUUUGCUGAUCAUAAUAAUGAUAUUGAGAAGGUUGUCCUGAAUAAUGCUAUGGAAAAUCGAAAAAUGAUAGCUCUUGAAGUUCAUAAAGAUCUUAUCUAUGCUUGUGCUAUGGAGACCACAAAUGCUAUUAUCCAUGAGAUAGGUGAUGAAUUCUUUUCUAUAUUACUUGAUGAAUCUCGUGAUAUUUCAGUCAAGGAACAAAUGGCGCUUGCUCUAAGAUUUGUCGAUUCGAAAGGAUAUGUGGUUGAAAGAUUUCUUGGUAUUGUUCAUGUAAGAGAUCCAACAGCUUCCUCAUUAAAAGCGGCUAUAGAAGUUUUGCUUUUGAAGCAUAAUUUGAGCUUGUCUAGAGUGAGAGGGCAAUGUUAUGAUGGUGCAAGUAACAUGCGUGGUGAAUUUAAUGGACUCAAGGCAUUGAUCUUGCAAGAGAACUCUUCUGCUUAUUGUGUUCAUUGUUUUGCUCAUCAGCUUCAACUACCUCUUGUUGUUGUGGCAAAGAAAAUACCACAAGUUGCUGCGUUUUUUAACUUGGAGAAGCUAUUAGAAAGACUUUUGGGAGCAUUUGAAAGUGGUGAACUCUCAACAAGCAAGGGUUCUAAUCAAGAAAGAGGUCUUGUUGAGGUCUUCAUAGCCCUGAAUAAUGAUAUUGAAAUCUUAGAUAUGAAGGACAUGUAUAAGAAUCUUGGCCGACCUAGAAGGAAAGAAGUUUUGACAAACGUGAAUUAUUUCAGGUUUGAGCUUGUUAAAGUUGUGAUCGAUUGGCAACUUCAAGAACUCAACAAUCGCUUCAAUGGGGCUAACACAAAUUUGCUUCUAUGGGUGUCUUGCUUUAGCCCAAAGAGUUCCUUUGCUGCUUUUAAAAGAUCCAAAUUGAUUGAACUUACUCAUUGUUAUCCUUUGGAGUUCUUUGAAGUUGAUUUUCGGUUGCUUGACAAAAAACUCAAGACUUACAUCCGCGACAUGAGAUCACAUGAAGAGUUCUCAAAUCUUGAAAGUAUGGGAGAUCUUUCUCAGAGGUUAGUUUCUACCGGAAAACAUAUUGUCUAUCCAUUGGUUUAUUUGCUUAUAAAGUUGGCGUUGGUCCAACCAGUUGUGACCGCAUCAGUUGAGAGGUAUUUUUUAGCUAUGAACAUCAUGAAAAGUUGUCUUCGUAAUAAGAUGGGAGACCUUGGAUGA